AUGUACAAGGGAAAAUCAAUAGCAUCUAACAAAUCUGAUGGUGCAGAAAGUCGUCGACGUAUCAAUAUUCAACACAUGCAAAAUGUUCUUGUAAUCUGGUUAGACAGUAACAUUGACGAAACAAAUAAUGAUUGUCAAAAUACAAUCACAAAAUUACGACGCGCUGUUAACGACAUCAAUACAUAUACAAAUGGUGAUCAAUGCCAUGAAUUCAUUCAAACCAUCGUCGACAAACGAAUAUGUAUGAUUGUGUCCGGAUCACUUGAGCAACAUAUUGUGCCUCGUGUGCACAAUAUGUCUCAAAUUGAUUCAAUAUUUAUCUUUUGUAAUAACCGAAAACAUCAUGAACAAUGGACCAAAGAUUGGCCCAAAAUAAAGGGUGUCUUCACAGAUAUUACACCGAUCUGUGAAGCACUUAAGAAAGCUGCUCAUCAAUGUGAACAAAAUGCCAUUCCGAUGAGUUUCGUGGAAACAAAUAAAAAGUUGGAUCAAUUAGAUCCUUCUUUUAUGUACACCCAAAUCAUCAAAGAAAUUUUACUAACCAUCAAGUUCAGUGAAAACCACAUCCAAGACUAUCUUAGUUACUGUCGAGAUGCUUUUGAUGGUAAUAAAAAAGAAACUGAAAACGUUAAACGAUUAAAAGGUGAAUAUCAUAAUAAAACACCAAUUUAUUGGUACACCUGUGACAUGUUCUUGUAUCCCAUGCUCAAUCGUGCAUUACGAUUGAUGAAUGGUGAUAUCAUUACACGUAUGGGUUUCUUCAUUGGUGAUUUGCAUCGUCACAUCGAACAACUCCACCAGGAACAAUACGCUGGUACAACUGCUGCUGACACCUUCACCGUUUAUCGUGGUCAAGGUUUAUCUAUAGAGGAUUUUGAAAAAAUGAGCAAAAUCAAAGGUGGUCUUAUUUCAUUCAACAAUUUCUUGUCUACAAGUAAAGAUCGGAAGAUAUCACUGAGUUUUGCUCAACAUGCUACAACAAAUCCAGAUCAAAUAGGUGUCCUGUUUGUUAUAAAGAUUAAUCCUGCCCAAUCGACAACACCAUUUGCUUCAAUUGCUGGUAUUAGCGACUUCCAAGGCGAAGAGGAAGUCUUGUUCUCGAUGCAUAGCGUGUUUCGUAUCCAGAAUAUUAACCAUAUGGGCGAGAAUAAUCGUCUAUAUGAAGUUAAUUUGGUACUAACUGCAGAUAACGAUCCAGAAUUAAACAGACUUACUGAUUACAUUCGACAAGAGAGUUAUCCAGAAGCUGAAGGAUGGUACAGAUUGGGUAUGGUAUUAUGGAAAAUGGGCCAAGUUGACAAGGCUGAAGAGAUUUAUCAAGUUUUACUUGAUCAAACCAAAGAUGAUGAAAAUAAGGCACCACUUUAUCAUCAACUUGGUGUGCUCAAGCGAAGUCAGGGAAAAUAUCAAGAGGCACUUACAUUCUACGAAAAAUCACUUACUAUCAAACAAAAAAAUCAUUCUGAUUUGGCUCCUUCCUACAACAACAUUGGUGAAGUGCAUAGAAACAUGGGCAAUUAUCCUGAAGCACUUUCUUAUUAUGAAAAAGCCAUUGAAAUUUGGCAACAAUCACUUCCUCCCAAUCAUUCGAAUUUGGCUAUGUCCUACAACAACAUUGCUUUAGUGCAUAACAGCAUGGGUAAUUAUCCAGAGGCACUUUUAUCUCAUGAAAAAGCUCUUAAAAUUCGACAACAAUCACUUCCUCCCAAUCAUCCCGAUUUGGCUACUUCCUACACCAACAUUGGUGCAGUGCAUUACAAUAUGGGUAAUUAUCCUGAGGCACUUUCUUAUUACGAAAAAGCCCUUAAAAUUCAACAGCAAUCACUUCCUUCUAAUCAUCCUAAUUUGGGUUAUUCCUACAACAACAUUGGUAAUGUGCAUUUUUGCAUUGGUAAUUAUCCGAAAGCACUUUUAUCUCUCGAAAAAGCCCUUGAAAUCCAACAACAAUCACUUCCUCCCGAUCAUCCUGAUUUGGCUUAUUCCUACGACAGCAUUGGUUCGGUGUAUGGAAACAUGGGUAAUUAUUCGAAAGCCCGUACAUUUUUUGAACAUGCUGUACAAAUUGCACAACAAUCAUUACCCUCAAAUCACCCAAAUCUUCAACGGUGGAGAGAUAACCUCGAACGUGUAAAAAACAAAUAA